UCAAGUAAAAUUAAGUAGAACAUUUACACUGCUGUUGACAUUCAGAGAUUAGCCAUCACAUUUAUUUUCACUAUGGUUGAACUAUGACCUCAAAUUAAUGACACACACACACAUUCAAUAUUCUCUUAUCUCAACAUUGUCAGUUGAUUGUUCUGCUAAGAAAGUGCUGUUGAAGUUCUGUUCACAUUAUCUAUUUGUGAGAAAAUGGACAUACAAUUCAAAGGUAAAAGAGCAUUGGUCACUGGAGCUGGCAAAGGUAUUGGACGAGCAAUUGCUAUGAAGCUUGCACUUUGUGGUGCUGAGACUGUAGCAAUAAGUAGAACACAAGCAGAUUUGGAUUCUUUAAAGGCUGAGUCUCCCUCCAUUGAAACCCAUGUCAUUGAUCUUAGUGUCUGGUCGUCUGCUAAAAAAGCUCUUGAAGCCUUGGGACACUUUGACCUCCUAGUCAAUAAUGCUGGCGUGUCCAGAAUAGCUCCAUUCACUGAGGUCACUGAAGAAGACUUUGAUUAUGUUUUCAACACAAAUUUCAAGGCACUAUUCAAUGUAUCACAGGUGGUUGCUAAGUCUAUGAAAGAGAAAAAAUCUGGUGGUGCUAUAGUUCAUGUGUCAAGUGCAGCCUCUAAACAGGGACUUAACAAUCAUGCUGUUUACUGUUCUACCAAAGGAGCUGUGGAUUCAUUGACUAUGGUUAUGGCCCUUGAGCUAGGACCUCAUAAGAUUCGAACUAACGCCGUGAAUCCAACAGCCACAAUGACUGACAUGGGAAAGUACGCAUGGAGUGACCCUCAAAAAUCUAAACCUCUUCUCAACAGAAUUCCAUUGGGUCGUUUUGCUGAAGUGGAUGAUGUGGUGGAGGCUGUAUUGUGGCUGCUGAGUGACAGAGCCAGUUACAUCAACGGUGUCACGCUUCCUGUAGAGGGAGGUCUCCUUGUGGCCUAACGCCAAGACUUUCUAUACCUAUCCAGUAGUUGGCAUUUACUAAUGAACAUUGUUAAAACUUAUGCUGAACAUUUGUCGUAUUUUAGGGAGUAUUCAUUUUAAAAUGUGAAAUGUGAAUGUUCUAGUUGUUCAGUGCUAUAUGCCUACUGUUAUGUAUGUUACCUGUAUACUUGAUACCAAGUCAGAUUAUUAAUUUGUUUACUGUAAAGAAAAUGCACGAUAAGAUACAAGAUUUCCAUUUUCUAUUGUAUUAUUUUUAUUCAACAUUUUACAGUGUUGCUUUAUACACUCUACAUCUUUGUUAAUUUAAUAAACACACAUACAAUAUAUCUACACCCAUUCCACUCAGACCCUAACAUGAUAUGAGCAAGCAUUGUAUGUCUACAUAUGAUUAUUUGCAUGCCUUCAUAUGAUGUAUCUGUAUAUCUACACCUAAUGUAUGUGUAUUUCUUCAUAUAUCUACACAAGUAUGUCAUCAUUCUGUGUUCAAUAAAGUUCGUUUUUAACAAAAGGAAGAAAGAGUUCUUUUUGACUGAUUUAUCUAAAACGAAAUUACGUUCAAAUUAAAAACUUUGAUUUUAUCAUAAAAAAAACGGAAUCAUUUAGAUCAUUUGUUACGGUGUUCCUUUAGUAAUAAUAAUAUCUGCGAGAAAAAAAAAUUUUGAUGUGAUUUUGAGGGGCCCAGAAAGCGAACCCUAUCAACCCUGACCUGAUUCGUGGCUACAGAAAGAUAAAACAGUGUCAGAGUUUCGCUUCAGAAAGACGUCAUCUUAAACAAACAAAAUGUCGUAGCCACUGUAUCGCCUCACUUGGUUGGAAAGAUAGAAUCAAUGAAGUUCACGGUGUAGACACUAUGUCACUUUGUGUUCAAGAAUAGAUGAAAGUAAUAAAUUCAUUCCGAUAAUUCUCCAUUGUUUCAAGAGGAAAGUCUGUGCAUUUGAUAUCGAAAGCAGGUUUGACGUCCUAUGCCAUUGGGCUCUCUGGCUACGUGCCAGACUUUUCAAAAGGACCAAGGCCACGACACUCAACAGGUACCGACGUCUCGUGUAUCGAUCAUUGGGUCGAUGAAAGAAAGAACUCAGGUAUACAUGUGUAUUCAAAUGUGUUAACUCAGAUGUGUAACAUGAAAUUAUAAUGUGUAGCAACAGAUGAUGGGCUGUUCAAAGUAUGUAAGCAAGACCCUAUUCAGGGGAGGACAACUUGUGCUGUUACUUGGAGCUAUUUGUUACGUAGUAGCUUUAUCCACAGCCAACUGGGUGGUCAGACCUAAAAUAGACAGCGUUAGACGAAACAUCAACUUAACAGAGACCAAAGUGGUUUCAAACUUCGGCAUUUUCCGAGCGUGCCGACAGAUUGCUUCGGAUAAAGGUGACAACGACAGUGACGAUUGUGGAGACAUUACCGACACCAUCCCAUCCAUUAGUCCUCACGCAGCCAAAUACGUCCAGUUCGCUAUGGUGGUUGCCGGUAUUUUUUAUGGAACUUCACUUGUAUUAGAAAUAGUGCAAGUUCUACCAAUCCAGAAAUAUCCAAACUUUCUUGCAGAGAAUCGAGUUGUCGAGCUAUUUUCAAGCAUUGCAACUGUGUUGAUACUUCAAGGAAUUCUUAUAUUCGCUGGUGAAGUGAAAAACAAAGCACAGCGUGUGGCAGGUCAAGAAGAUGAAAAGCCUGGAUGGUCAUUUAUAGUAGCACUCAUUGGUCUGAUUCUGAGUAUUAUUGGCUUACUUUUGGUCACUAUGUUCAGAGAGUUGCCUUUUCCUGAGGCAGGAAUCAAAGGUGGUUCUUGGUUAAACAGAAAUGAAAGCAGCAAAUAAGUAUUACAUUUUUUAAAAGUUUCAAACUGAUUCCCACAUACAAAUGUUAUGAAAGCUCUGAUCUUCAUGUGAUCACUUACUAUGAAGUAUACAUUAGAAAAAUGCAAAUAAUUUAAAUAUAUUCUAUGAAGAAGAAAAAAUUGAAGUGCUAUUCUUUUUUUUUUUUUUAGAUUAAGAACUUUUAUUUUGUUUUGCAAUUUAGAAAUUAAAUGACCAGGUAUCUUACAUAUGAAUUAUAUUGAUAAUGCAUAUCUUUUUAUUGUUAUACUAUUUUUGUGUACUACCAACAGGUUCAAUCAUUUGUAAGUGCAUUUGUAUAUAAACUGUAUGUAAUGUGCAUUAUGCUAAAUGUUAAAAUAUAUAUUUAUAAAGGUUUAAUGAUUUUUAUUUGGUUUAAGAGAUAUUUUUUAAAAUUAAAACAGUAUUUUCAAAAUAUUAGCA